UGUUUUGGAACUGAAAAAUACUUAGAGGUAAGUUUAGCAUUUAACACACUCUAUUUUUUAAUAAAAAUGUAUUUUAUAAGAAUAUCGAGGCUGAUAUUGACGAAUCAAGAAUCCUUUAAGAAUAGAACCGAGGCUGAAAUUUUGAAAAGGAUAAAAGUUUGUGUUUCGAAAAUCUGUAAAUACAAUACAAUGUUUUGGAACUGAAAAAUACUUAGAGGUAAGUUUAGCAUUUAACACACUCUAUUUUUUAAUAAAAAUGUAUUUUAUAAGAAUAUCGAGGCUGAUAUUGACGAAUCAAGAAUCCUUUAAGAAUAGAACCGAGGCUGAAAUUUUGAAAAGGAUAAAAGUUUGUGUUUCGAAAAUCUGUAAAUACAAUACAAUGUUUUGGAACUGAAAAAUACUUAGAGGUAAGUUUAGCAUUUAACACACUCUAUUUUUUAAUAAAAAUGUAUUUUAUAAGAAUAUCGAGGCUGAUAUUGACGAAUCAAGAAUCCUUUAAGAAUAGAACCGAGGCUGAAAUUUUGAAAAGGAUAAAAGUUUGUGUUUCGAAAAUCUGUAAAUACAAUACAAUUAUAUGUUUUCAGCUUAACCGCAAAAAAUUAUGCUUUCCCUCAAGAGUAAAACUAGCCAUGCAAACAAAACGAUGAAACGCUAGCUGUAACUGAUACCCCCAUACUUAAAAACGAAAAUGUCAUUAAACUAUAAUUUAAGAAAAAUAAGAGGAUAUGAUCAUCCUAAAAUCGGCAGAAAAACAAGAAUAUUUCGCCUUGGCUGAAAAAAAAAGAGUUUAGGUACUUUAUACUCGCAAUCAGUGGGAUAAUCAUAUUAUUAUUUUUUUAGAAACAAGCCUUACUUUCUCUCGUUUCUUUCACCUUAAAAUAAGUCAGAAACAAGCAUCCGAAAUAGUCCUAUAAUUUUCGAUAACUUGUACAAGAAUGUAAAAUGUAUCCUUAGAUUUGUGUGUUAACCUUAACCAGCUUAACAAGAAGAAAUUAACUUUUAGUUAAAAGCCAAAGUAUCACCCAAGUGAGACACUCGAUUCUGCUUCUUUCAGUCUCGAAAACGUAGUUCAUAGAGACGAUAAGAGAUCAUCCGAGUUUUCUUGAGUCCCUAGAGGAAUCGAAACUCGCGCUAUAGUUCGGGUGUCUACCCGUUGAAAGCUACGGAAACUCAAAGCAAAAACUCUAUUGGACAUUUACGGGCAGACUAUAAGAAAAGUUAUGGCAGGUUGGGGAAUUUUCGAGCUGCAUGAAUUUAUUUUUUUGUUAAACAUUCCCCUCAUUGUCUUAAGUUAAUUUUCCCUUGCAUGAAUACUUUUAUUAUUUGUACUUCGCCCGCUCCCCAUAACCAUAACUUUUCUAAAGACAAAAUAUGCUGAUGUGCUGACAAAAUGUCUUGCUCUUAUCCCACAAACAGGUGUCAUACAACUGUGUUUCCAAACGACCCCAUCAUAGCACCUUGUUGCAAGUUUGUGAAGGCGGUGUUCAUGAAAUCCGUUGCAAACCUUCGAAGAAGAUCGAAGUCCUGUCUGCAAAUUAUGGUCGUCUCACCGGUGGACACGUUUGUGGUGGAGGACCGAUAAAAACCACACAUUGCGGGGCUGCUGGAGCGCUUAGCAAAGUUCGGGCUGAUUGCCAGGGACGUCCAAGAUGUGUGUUGCAUGCAGUCAACACCAAGUUUGGUGAUCCUUGCCCUGGUACUUAUAAAUAUCUGGAGGUAGGGGUAUUUUCCUAG